AUCCAGGGCACGUAGGUCUGGACUCUCGUGUAGACGCCAAUGCUGGGCCGAUCGCUGACAAAUCCCCAGCUCGUCACGCCCACCUGGAUCCAGGUACCUCUCUUCUUGCAGACCAGGGGGCCGCCUGAGUCACCCUGUGGAGCAGGGAAUGGCCGGCUUGACCAGAGACACCCAGGACCAGCACAUCCCAGUCCAGCCUCGGGGCUGCAGGUGGGAAAAGGGAUGGCAGGAGAGAGGCGCCGGGUCUCACCUUCCAAGUGCGGCAGCCUGUGCGGCCAGCACAGAUCAUGUCGUCCUGGAUGAACUUUCUGUCUCCAGCGCCAGGAAAAGCGUCGUGUAUCUGCCGCUCGCAGUCUGUGUUGCUCAGCGUGGGGACCUUCACCUGCUGCAGGCGGAAGAAGAUGGAGAAAUCGGGGUGGACGAUGACCCGGCUGACAUUCAGCAGCUCCCGGCCCCCAUAGAGAUACACGUCCCCGGCGUGGAUCCGGUAGGUGGACGGGUCAGUGUCCUUCCUGGGGAGGACAGAACCGGGCUUCUCAGGGGGCCUGGUCUGGGGCGGCCCCACUGCCACCCUCCCCUCACUGGGGUCCCCACCCAGGACUCACCGGAAGAUGCAGUGGGCGGCGGUCAGCACCCACUGGGGGUGGAUGAGGGAGCCCCCGCAGAUGUGCACCCAGGAUGCCCAUUGGUAGCUGUAGAUCCUCAGGCUGACCUGCCACGGCCACUUCCCCUGGGGGGCGUUGUGGCCCCCAACGAUGCCCAGCAGGUCAUUCUCAGGGACAGUCGCUGGGAGCGACAGGAGGAGGUCAGGGAGCCCGGCCUCAGACACCCGAGCCUCAGCCCGUGCCCACACUCGGGCCAGAGCCGGACUGUACACACGUCCCCUGGAUCCUGGGUCAGGGCCGGCGGAGCCUCUGGGAAGGGAGGGCUGUGAGGGCCGGGACUCACCUGGGCUCCCCGAGCUGCAGCUCCCCAGGGAGAAGAUGGCCAGGAACAGCAGCAGCAGCAUCUGC